AUGCCUUCCUCCAACGACACGCGCGGCGAGGUCGCCUCCUCAGGCUCGGCGGUCCUGGCCGAGCACUGCUUCUUCUGCUUCCAAGUCAUCCUCGCCCAGCUCAACGGCGAGCCCGAACCGCACCCGCUGCCCUUCCCAGAUGCGGGGCAAGAGUACCCGCUCUUUGUCACCUGGAACAUCUACUCGACCCCCUUCACCAGCUCGCCGCGGCUGCGCGGCUGCAUCGGCACGUUCGAGCCCUACCCGCUGGCAGAGGGCCUGUCCGAAUACGCCUCGGUCAGCGCCUUCAAGGACCGCCGGUUCAACCCGAUCUCGGCCAAGGAGGUCGCCCGCCUCGAAUGCGGCGUGUCGCUGCUGACGGCCUUUGAAGAGUGCCAGGACCAUCUCGACUGGGAGGUCGGCGUGCACGGCAUCUAUAUCCACCUGCCCAACCCAGCCCUCGCUCCCGCCGCGGGCGAUGACAGCGCAUCCUCGUCGUCAGGCUCUUCGACCCCCGCUCCCACCGCCGCCGCCGCCGCUGCUGCUGCUGCUAAGAGGUCAGCGUCGUCGUCGAGCGCCCACAUCCUCACGGCCACCUACCUGCCCGACGUGAUCCCGGACCAGGGCUGGUCCAAGGUCGAGGCCAUCGACAGCGCCAUCCGCAAGGCCGGCUGGAACGGCAGGAUCACCGACGCCACCCGCCGCAGCCUCCGCGUCCGGCGCUACCGCAGCGAGAAGAUGGCAAAGACCUAUCGCGAUUUCGUCGCAUGGCAGCAGCAGCAGCAGCAGCAGCGCCAGGCUUAG